GUUGUCAAUGUGUGUUGGCCGUAACACUCAGCGUAGUUCAGCAUAGUAAAAAAUCUACAAAAAUUCCGAAAAAAAAAAACUACAGAAACGUAUCGAAAUUUUUGAACAAAAUUCCACCAGUGAAAUGUCUGAACUGCAAGCAUCGCUACUACUCAAGCGGCAGCUCGCCGAGCUGCACCGCAACCCCGUCGAAGGCUUCUCCGCCGGUCUGAUCAACGACGAGGACAUCUUCAAGUGGGAGGUGGUCAUCAUCGGUCCGCCGGACACCCUGUACGAGGGCGGAUGCUUCAAGGCUCAUCUAAUCUUUCCCAAGGAGUACCCUUUGCGGCCGCCACGCAUGAAAUUCGUCACCGAGAUCUGGCAUCCGAAUAUUGAGAAGAACGGCGAUGUCUGCAUCUCCAUACUGCACGAGCCCGGCGACGAUAAGUGGGGCUACGAGAAGGCCGAGGAGCGCUGGCUGCCCGUACACACCGUGGAGACCAUCUUGCUAUCUGUCAUCUCCAUGCUGACCGAUCCCAAUGACGAGUCGGCGGCCAAUGUGGACGCCGCCAAGGAAUGGCGCGAAGAUCAUCCGGAAUUCAAGCGGAAAGUAGCGCGCUGUGUGCGCCGCAGCCAGGAGGAGGUCUAGCUGGGUUGCCUGCCACACCUGAAGCAAACUCAGAGACAGAGAUAGUCAGAGACAGAGACAGACAGACAGGUAGACAGACUUCCACACUCAAAUCAACUCAAACGGUCAACAUUCAAGCAUGCGAAUAAAAUAAGCGACUGCUUGCAAAAAA